AUGGAUGACCCAGUGGCCGAAAUACCACGUAUCAUCCGAACUCUCUGUACAGCUUCCCCGGCCAUUCAACGAUCCACAAUAGACACAUACUUCACCCCUACUGCCUCGUUCACCCAUCCCUUCUGCCGUACAGGGAGUUUUGCCGGUUCAAUAUGGCUCAUCAUGAUGAUCUACCGCUGGUACAAGAUCCUCAGCCCCCACAUCGACAUCUGCGUUGACAGCGUGGCCUUUGAUAAGGAGAACUUGCUUCUUUACGUGUCAAUGCACCAGAACUUCAAACUCUGGGUCGUCCCCUUCUACAAUGCUCCAGUCAAGUUGGUCACGGUUCUGCAACUGACCACAGAUCCAUUUCCACACGCUUCUGACCCCCUCGAGACUGUCGAGAAAGCAGUUUCACUCGAACAAGAAGACAGCGAAGUGAAAGGAAGCGGUCGCAACAGGAAGGUCACCUUUUCCCCCCAGGACCCUGCGAGAAAGAAAGACACCAAGAGAGAGAAAUCUGCAGAUUCAGCAAUACUGAAACAAGCCGGCGGUGAACAAUACUUCAUCCAAUCACAAAAUGAUCUCUACCAGACAAGUGAAUGGAUCAAAUUCCUGAUACCCUGGGGCCUGGGCGUCUUCCUUGUGGUUACCUGGCAGGUCGGCGCUACGAUUGCCUGUGUCAUCGGAACCAAGUUGUUUGACCUUUUCACAUGGCUGCCUCGAAAGCUCCAUCGCGGUCAUUAUCAGGGUUUGGAUAAUGACACGGAAGUUCUUGGUGCGGAACGAUACUGA